CCCGGGCAGAGCCGCGGGGGAGGGGAUCUCAUGCCUCACACGAGCGGGCCCAGCCUCGGGGAAAGCGUCGCUCGUUUCUUGCCACACCCGCGGCAGCCCGCGACCUAUAGACCGGAGCAGCUCGAACCGGCGGCCACUCAGCGAAUGCGCGGAACCGGAAGUAAGCCAAGGAGCCGAUAUGCUGUGAAUAGCACUAAUGACAACACAGAAGACCAAGAUGGAGACUCUAGAUUUUCAGAUGUCAUCCUGGCAACAAUUUUAGCUACCAAAUCAGAUAUGUGUGGCAAAAAAUUUGAGCUGAAGAUUGAUAAUGUCCGUUUUGUUGGCCAUCCUACCUUGCUGCAGCAUGCUCUUGGGCAGGUAUCCAAAACUGAUCCAUCACCAAAGAGAGAGAUGCCCACCAUGAUUCUCUUUAAUGUUGUAUUUGCCUUAAGGGCCAACGCAGAUCCAUCGGUGAUCAACUGUUUACACAACCUCUCUCGUCGAAUUGCCAUAGUUCUGCAGCAUGAGGAGCGUCGUUGUCAGUACCUGACCAGAGAGGCCAAGCUGAUCCUAGCCAUUCAGGAUGAAGUGUCUGCCAUGUCAGAAACAGAAGGUCCACAAUCACCUUUCCAUCACAUUCUACCCAAGUGCAAGCUGGCCAGAGACCUCAAGGAGGCUUAUGACAGUCUUUGUACUACAGGGGUGGUGCGAUUGCACAUCAACAACUGGCUUGAAGUGAGUUUCUGUCUGCCUCAUAAAAUCCAUUACGUUGCAACAAGCUUUAUCCCUCCUGAAGCGAUUGAAAGAAGCCUGAAAGCUAUUAGGCCUUACCAUGCCUUAUUACUACUGAAUGAUGAGAAAUCGUUGCUUAAUGAGCUCCCAUUGGACUGUUCCCCAGCCCUGGUGAGAGUGAUUAAAACUACCUCUGCUGUGAAGAAUCUGCAGCAGCUGGCUCAGGAUGCUGAUCUGGCAUUACUACAGGUUUUCCAGCUUGCUGCACAUCUGGUUUACUGGGGAAAAGCAAUUAUUGUCUAUCCACUGUGUGAAAACAACGUCUAUAUGCUGUCCCCCAAUGCCAGUGUUUGUCUUUACUCCCCUUUGGCAGAGGAAUUUUCCUGUCAGUUUCCUGGCCAUGAUUUGCCGUCUGUGCUUUCCAAGUUCUCUUUGCCAGUUUCCUUAUCAGAGUUCAAGAAUCCGCUUGCUCCGCCAGUACAGGAGACUCAGCUCAUACAGAUGGUAAUAUGGAUGCUCCAGCAUCGCCUUCUCAUCCAGCUCCACACGUAUGUCUGUCUGAUGGUGCCCCCGAAUGAGGAAGAUUUCCGAGCUCAAGAUGAAGACAUGCCCUUCACUGCCAGAGUUGGAGGCAGAAGUUUAAGCACUCCCAAUGCUCUCAGCUUUGGCUCCCCAACCAGUAGUGAUGAUAUGACUCUCACAAGCCCUAGUAUGGAUAAUUCCAGUGCUGAGCUGAUACCUGGUGGUGACUCCCCUUUGAAUAAACGAAUGACUGAGAACCUGCUAGCGAGUUUGUCUGAACACGAGCGGGAAGCUAUCCUCAAUGUCCCUGCUGCACAGAAUCCUGAGGAUCUACGCAUGUUUGCAAGGCUGCUGCACUAUUUCCGAGGACGGCACCACUUGGAGGAGAUCAUGUAUAACGAGAACAUGCGCCGCUCCCAGCUGGUCAUGCUCUUUGACAAGUUUCGCAGCGUGCUGGUAGUGACCAAUCAUGAGGACCCUGUGAUUUCAGUCUUCCAGUCCCUCUUGAAGUGACUGUGUGGAGUGUGGGAGGGGAACUGCUCCUCUGUUUUCAGCUCCCUCAGUCCUAAUAUUUUGUUUAUAUAAUGUUAAUACAGGCACAGGGUAGCAGCAGCCAGAGGUUCUACCCCUGCCAUUGACCUUCCCAGUGACUCUCAGCAAGUCCCCCCUUCUCCCUCCCUUUCACCAUCUGCCUGGGGAAUGUAAACCCUGACCUGCUUGUGGACGGAGCUCUGCCCUCAAGACGCAUGGGCGUGGGGCUAGAGGGGUGCACACAAGUGAAGCUGUUCAGUCCAGCUCGUUCCAGUGUGCAGUGUCUUCCCAAAGUCCCUGCCACUGGGCUGGGGUUCCUUGCUUCCUGCGCAGGCGGGGUGUGCGGAAUUGAAGAAAGGUUUUACCUUGGUGUUGCUGAAUAAACAACACACACUUUGACUGGACAGUGGUGCAGCAGAGCAGUGGUUUUAAAAAUGGCAGUAGCAUCUCCACCCUAGUCUACACUAGAAUUGCUACAGCAGCGCAGCUAUAGUGCUGCUAGUGUUGAUGCUCUAUGCUGCUGAGAGCGCUGUCCUGACAGUAGCUAUGUCCACACCAGCACUUAAGUCAGUGCAUCUUGCAGCGCACGGGGGGUAGCUUUUUCACUACCGAGUGACUUAAAUUAUACUGAAGUAAGCGCUAGUGUGUACAAGCCUUCAGUGUUGGUCUGAGACACGUAAGUGCAUCGUGAGGUGCCUAAGUACCCUGGUGAAUCUGUCCUUUAACUCUUUCCUGCACCUCUUGUAGGCUUUGAGUGUGUCACAGCAGUUUUGAUACCUCUCUUUACCAGCUCUCUCUAUGCUGCCCCUGUUGCUGGUGUGUCGCUAGCUCAGUGUGGAGUUUUCCAGCUGUGGCAGCAUAGCUAGUAGCUGCCCUCAGCAUCAGAGUGUCCUUGUACCCAAAGGGGCUAUGCCUCCCCACCUUCACAGACUGUCUGGGCUUUCUUUCUGCUUGGGGACCUGGGUGGCUGUUGGCUUAGCAACUGGAGAAAUCAAACAGGAGCAUUUUUGGGUAGGGUGGCUGGGGACAACCAGCAGGGAAGCAGAAGAAUGAGUCAGGCUGGGUAGGAGAUGGAAUGGUCACCAUACUUAUUAACCUCCCUCCCCUCGCCCCUAUGGUUGAAGGGUUCUAGCCA